ACUCUGCAUUUUCUCAGGCUAAAGCAAAAAAGAAAAACAGUCCUCAAUUUCCUCUAAAACUUUCCUCUUUAAUUCUCUCUCAUUUCCAAACCAAAAUCCCAACAAGAUUAAAAAAUCCCACAAAAAAAAAAAAAAAAUGAGAACAGGAACUAGUUUUACUUCAACUUCAUCACCAACAAUAAAAGCUACAUUUUCACCGCCGGCGAUAUUUCAAAAAUCGCCGUGGCAUUCACCGGUGCCGUAUCUCUUCGGCGGAUUAGCAGCUAUGUUAGGAUUAAUAGCUUUUGCUCUAUUAAUAUUAGCUUGUUCUUACUGGAAACUCUCUUCCCAUUUAAGAGAACAUGACGAUAAUCAGUCACACGAUGAUACUGAGGUCGGUGCCGGUGAAAAACCGGCGACCGGAGUUGUGAGGGCGGUGCCGGAGUUUGAAGAGAAGAUUGUUGUUAUAAUGGCUGGAGAUUUGAACCCAAGUUUUUUGGCUACGCCUAUGUUAAUGUUAAGUAAAGGUGGUACUGUUUUAGGUGAUGGAAGUAAUUUGAAUAAAUGUGAGGAAAAUUCGGAAAAGGGAAGUGAUGAAAAGGAGAAAUUAGAAGAAGUGGCGAUUGAGGUUAGAGAAGAGAGUAAUGGAGAUACUCAACAAAGCCAUGGACAAAACCAGUGAGCUCAAAAUAUAGUGUGAUCUUUUCUUUUCUUUUGGUUUUAUCACCUUUUUUUUUCAUCUCCUUUUUCGUUUGAAUUUCUAGUUUUGAGAUCACGGGAAUUGUAAAUUAUUGGUUGAGAUGAGAAAGAGUGUAUAUUUAUUUUCUAUUAUUCUAUUCUCUGUUCCAUUUUA